GACGAUGACAGUCGCUGGACGGCAGACUCGGGCAGGGCUGCCUGUAAAAUCCAAUCCCCAUGGUAAAAUCCGAUACAUCUCUCUCGGGUCGUUCGCGCAUCUGUCCGAUAGUCCAAAGUUUAUUCAAAUGAAUCGGGCCUAAUGGAUCCCAAUCGAAUCAUACAGGCUCUGAAGGGCACCAUAGAUCCAAACCUCAGGCUAGCGGCUGAGAAUGAGCUCAACCAGUCCUACAAGAUCAUCAACUUCGCCCCAACUCUGCUGCAGAUCAUCGUUUCGGAGCAGGUGGAGUUUCCUGUGCGACAGGCAGCUGCCUUCUACUUGAAGAACAUGGUGAGUCAGUACUGGCAGGAUCGAGAGACCACAUUGGGAGAGGUGGCAUUUCCUUUCAACAUCCAUGAAAAUGAUCGCGGACAGAUCUGAGAAAACAUGGUGGAGGCCAUUAUUCGCUGUCCAGAGUCCAUAAGGGCUCAGCUGACAGUAUAUUUGCUUGCCAUAAUAAAACACGACUUUCCUGGACGGUGGACGGGUGUAGUGGACAAAAUUAACCUGUACCUGCAGUCACAGAACGGUGGGAGCUGGUACGGGAGUCUGCUCGCUCUUUAUCAACUCGUCAAAAACUACGAGUUUAAGAAGGCUGAGGAGAGGGACCCCCUACUGGCUGCGAUGCAGAUCUUCUUGCCUCGGCUCCAGCAACUCAUCACUCAAAUCCUGUCUGGUGCCACCUUCAUCUCAGUUCUGAUCCAGAAGCAAAUCCUAAAGAUCUUCCAUGCACCUGUACAGUAUUCCCUUCCACUACAGCUGAUCAGUAACACAGUCAUGACCUACUGAAUGGAGAUCCUGCAGACAGUUGUCGAUCGGGACGUCCCUGCAGAAACUCUGGAAGCUGAUGAGGACGAUCGGCCAGAACUGAUCUGGUAGAAAUGCAAGAAAUGGGCUCUGCACAUCAUCACGAGAAUGUCUGAGAGAUAUAGCAGUCCAGGAAAUGUGACGAAGGAAUAUGUCGAGUUUGCUGACUUUUUCUUGAAGACAUACGCUGUGGGAAUCCAGCAGGUCUUGUUGAAACUGAUGGAUCAGCACAGACAGAGACAGUACGUGAGUCCUCGUGUCCUCCAGCAGACGCUGAGCUACAUGACUCAGUGCGUCUCACACUCACUCACAUGGAGACAGAUGAAACCGCACAUGCAGACUAUAACUCAGGAGGUGGUGUUUCCUCUGAUGUGCUAUAAAGAUGAAGAUGAAAGACUAUGGCAGGAAGAUCCAUAUGAGUACAUCCGAGUUAAAUUUAGUCAGUGAGCUUUAUAAUUUUUUUGACCUUAUCUCUUUGUACGGUAACUCUUAAUGAAGAGGAAGGAGGUCUUGCCUCAGAUGAUGGAGUUUUGCCAUCAGAUCCUCAUGGAUCCCAAUGCUGACCCCCGCAGGAAGUACGGGGCGCUGUAUAUGAUCGGUACCUUGGCUCUACCCUUGAUAAAGAACCCAGUGUAAAGGGGCCUGACGGAGCUCAUGUUACAAAACUAUGUGUUUCCUCUGAUCAACUCUAAUCUGGGCUACUUAAGGGCCCGGUCGUGCUGGGUGCUGCACACGUUCAGUCCUUUGAGUUUCCAUAAUGAGCUGGUCCUGAAGAACGCUUUGGAGCUGGUCAAACAGAACCUAGUGGAGGACAAGGAGAUGCCUGUCAAAGUGGAGGCAGCCUUUGCACUGCAGACUCUCAUCAGGAAUCAGGAGCAAGCUAAGGUCUACAUCCAGCCCUUCAUCAAGCCUGUGAUGCAGGAGCUGCUGCACAUCAUCAGAACCUGGUACUGUACUCGUCUUCUCAGUUUAGCAUUCAGUAAGGAGACGGCGGAGAUCUUCAGCAAGAUUAUCCAGAGUGAAGAAUACGAGGAAAGUGAAUAUAAGUCUGAGAUGGCUCUGGGUACCCUCAGCACCAUAGACAUUAUCCUCACAAUCAUGGGGGACCGAAAAGAGAUCAGUCAACAGCUGGAGGGAAUAUGCCUGCAGGUGAUCGGUCUUAUUCUCCACAAACCCAUCAUAGAGUUUUAUAAGGAGGUCUUGUCGCUGGCGUUUGGACUCACCUGUUAUUCCAUCUCCCCUCAGAUGUGGCGGCUGUUGGGGGUCUUGUACAACGUCUUCCAGCACGACUGCUUUGACUACUUCACAGAUAUGAUGCCCCUCUUGCACAAUUAUGUUACUGUGGACACAAAUAUACUGCUGUCAGACCCCAAAUACCUGGAGGUCAUUUACACCAUGUGCAAAAAGGUCCUAACUAGUAAUGCUGUGGAAGACCCAGAAUGCCAUGCUGCCAAACUUUUAGAGGUUAUUAUAUUACAGUGUCGUGGACGUGGCAUUGACCAGUGUAUCCCUUUGUUUGUGGAGGCCGUGUUGGAGCGGUUAACGCGAGGUGUGAAGUCCACCGAGCUCCGCACCAUUUGUCUACAGGUGGUGAUCGCAGCUCUGUACUACAGCCCCACUCUACUGAUACACACACUGGAGAACAUCCGCUUCCCACACAGCCCAGAGCCAAUCACAGCGCAGUUCAUCAACCAAUGGAUGAACGACACCGAGCUCUUCUUAGGACUACAUGAUUGUAGGAUGUGCAUCAUUGGGCUGAGUGUUUUGACGGAGCUGCCCAGCCGCCCUGCAGUCCUGGAGGAAGUUGCAGGUCAGAUCGUUCCCUCUAUCCUCCUCCUCUUCCUGGGUUUUAAGCACAUCUAUGCGUCCCGAGAGCUCAACAAACCGGAGCAGCUCGCCAGAGCUCAAGGCACAGACGAGGAAGAGAAUGGAGUUCAGAGUUCAGAUGCAGGCUGGUAUCAGUCCCUCACGUCACCUCUAAGCGAAAAACAGAGGAAACAACUGCAGGAGAUCUAUAACCUUGCCCAGCAGAGGAGGAGCGCAGGAGUCAAGGGACACUGAGAUGUUCCAGUUGCAGGUCGGAGAUACCUGACACUUUAGAUUUGGAUCUGAGACCUGACAUCGGAAACAGCUUAACCUCUGGAGACUAGAGACAUCUCGGUCAGGAUGGAUGGGAUCUUUAACCCAGGACCCAAAGCAAGCUCUUCAGAUCCAUGACUCUAAAUAGGAAUACUGAGACCUCAUCAAAACUGGUCAGAAAAGCACCAGUGAAGUCGAAGAGGUUACUCUGGGUCACCCCUUUCCUAAGCUGUGUGUGUCUGUGCAUCUGUACAGAAUUAUGGGUGUUUGUGUAUGUGUGCAGAUGGGUGUGUGUGUGUGUGUGUGUGUGUGUGUGUGUAUAGGUAAUUUGCAAUGAGUAAGUAAGAAACCCGAGCAAGGCAGUGAGGUGAGACAUGUUGGGACAAGCAGGUGAGAGAGAGAGACAGACAGACCGACACAGCUUCAGACUGACACACAGAUGGAGGGAUUUGUCGUGUUGGUCAGUGCCUUCAGAGAUACGUAGGUAUUUUUCUGCCCGAACAGAUCACGUACACUGACUAGAUGUCAGAAGGACGAUGUUUAUAGCGGUCAUAUGUUUGUAUGUUUCAGAGUUUGUUUUUCUAACAGUCUGUUUUCAGAAUUAACUGAAAUUAUUAAAGUUAAUAUAACACUA